AUGACGGCGCCCGCCAGCACCAAGUCAGACGCUGGUGUUGCAGGAACAGGCAUUCUCCUCGCCUUCAUCAUCACAGCCGGUCUCGCCCUCGUCUGCUCCUCCAUCAUCAUCUUCAGCGAAUGGCGCGCAGUCAACGUCCGCAACAUUCCCCGGCGAAUCCUCUCCGGCCUCUCCGAUCAGCAACUCAUUCAAGGAAUCGGCAUUCAGGUCGUCGGAUUGGCCCGCGUGCGAACCAUGGUGCCCUACCACUUCUUUAUCAUCUGGAUGUUGGCCUUGCUAUCCACUGCCACAAACUUUGCGGCUCUGCUAGCUCUUGUGCAAGACUUCAAGCGGGACUGGGUAUUGCGGUGGAUGCGCCAGUUCGCCAUGUUCAUUAAUAUGGUUCUGGGGAUCGUAUACGGUAUCUUCGUGUUGGAGAGUAAUGUGAAAGCCCUGGCGCCGACGUUGCCAAUCGCGUGUGCCUGGCAGGAGCAUGCAAAGAGUCGGGAGGCGCAGGGAAACCAGACAGCCAGCGUUGUAGGGACAAUUGCAGUCAUUGCAGUUAGCUGCGUCAUCUUCGUCCUCGGGACAUGGUAUUUGCAUAUGCGGAGGCAAAUCUGGGGAAAGUCUGUUCGGGCCGUCUGUCUGGUUGUGCUCAUGGCCAUGGCCAUUGCUGCGACUGUGAGGGUUAUCCUCGUCUCACAAGCUUUUGGAACACCUUCAGUAGUCUUGGAUGACGCUGGAGAGCAAGACUGGUCAUUCGGCCAACUGCUUACUAUGCUACUGCUGGUCUUGCCCUUCAUCUCUGCAUUGGAGAUCUACCGAGGCGAAACCAAAGUUCCACAAGCAACUGCUGCUGGCUACUCGGAUGCAGAGCAGAUACCUCUGACUUCCACCGAGGGCUCGGGGAUGAAGGCAUUCCAAGGAAACUCUGGGUACACAUAG